GUAAUAAAUUGUGUUUAUGUUAGCUCAAAACUGUAAGCAACAACAGGGCUUAGUAGAAACAUGGAGUUAAAUUUAUUUAUAAGUAUUGCCUUCGUCUGUCUAGUAUAUGUAAUUCGUUUCGGUAAUAUUGACGCCAAUCCAUUAAAAAGUCCUGCAAAUAACACAAAGCAAUACGGAACAAAGUUUCGACAAAAUAUCUCUACGCCCAAUACAAAAGUUUUAGACGAUCAUGAGGUCGCAGAAGACAGGCAUAACAUACGAAUGUUUCAGAAACAUAACUCUCAUAACCCGGCUGAACUGACCAAGUUCAUCAAGGAUUCGGUGCGACCCCGAGCUGGGGAAGGCGGUGAUGAGACUGUGACUACAAAGAAAGAUGAGAAAGAUGAAGCAGGUGGUGGAAGUGCAGGAGGUGCGGGAGGUGGUGGAAGUGCAGGAGGUGGAGAAAGUGCAGGAGGUGGAGGUGGUGGAGGAGGUGGAGAAAGUGGAGCAGGUGGAGGAGGAGGUAAGGAAGCGGAUACUACAAAGACUGUCGGCGAAUGGACUGUAUCGGUGCCCAGAUUCAAAACUGAUUCCAUGGGCAAUUGGGUCUACAAUCCAUGGGGUGUCACUUAUGGAAAAGUAUGGGAGGAUACGCGCUUUAACAUCCACUCGCUCGUUACCAUCCCAAGGAUUAUUGUUGAUAAAUUCCCAUUCGUAAAUUAUCACCCAUACAACAAGACAUUGGAUAAAGUGUGCCUCGGAAGGUCUACAAUCUAUAAUAAACCCAAGGUAAUGAACUGGAUAAAGAUCCACAGAUAUUACAAUCCGCACAAAAACAGGGCCAUUAUGAUGGAUCUACGAAGGAGCCUUUUUAGGAAGGGAAACCCAGAGGAAUGCCACACAAAAGAUUUUAUUAAGUUUAGAGAUUUUCAUGAGUGCAUGUUGAGGCGACAUCAGCGCAUGGAAUAUUUACUUCCCAAGUACCCGAUUCAUCAGAUAUGAAUUUAUUGGGCUAUGCUCCAGCCUAGGACAUUGUCUCAGGUGGACUUAUUAUGCCCAUGAACUAUAAGAAAUCAAUGAAUAUAGCACAUGUAAAAAAUAAAAUAAAAUGCUGAGUAUACGA